CCGGCAGGGUGUCCUGGGAGCUCGUGAGGAGGUCUAUGAGCGAGGGAGAUCUUUAGUCGGAUUUCUCGAUCGACGGUCGGGGGGAUUUUAGAAACUAUUUGUGGCAAGGGUUAGCUGAUGCGCGCUUCUCUCACGUGCGACGUGCGGAGCGAAGGGGUGGAGGAGGGUGGAGGAUUCAGUGACUUCGAAGCGACUUCGAAGGGACUUCCUGGUGCACCACUGACCCAGGAUCGCACUUUUAACUCCUGAAUACGACACCUGAUGCAGUAGCGGCGUAGGAGGUAUCGAGGGCGCGUGCAUGGAAGAGAGCAGGAAGGACGGAAUCGCAAGGAACGGCGCCGAAGGUGGGCCAAGGUGGCUCCACGAGAAGUAGGAGGGCCGAAAGAUGUCGAGCGCCGCGGAGAGUCCUGACGGGAUGGCUUUGCAGUCCCAUUAUUCCCUGCGAUGGAACAACCACCAGGCUCACAUCCUCCAGGCCUUCGAGGCCCUCCUGCACGCGGAGAUCCUCGUCGACGUCACCCUGGUCUGCACCGAGACCAGCCUCAGGGCGCACAAAGUGGUCCUCAGCGCGUGCAGUCCAUUCUUCGAGCGGAUAUUCGCGGAGCACCCGUGCAAGCACCCGGUGAUCGUGCUGAAGGACUUCCCCGGGCGUGAGGUAGCAGCCCUGAUCGACUUCAUGUACCGGGGCGAGGUCCGAGUUGGUCGAGAGGAGCUCCCAGGGUUGAUGAGAGCAGCCGAGAGCCUGCAGGUGCGAGGCCUGGCGUCGUCGGAGCCGCGACCAGCGAGCCCACCCGAGACCCCGACGACGGACCUUCUCCUGGGGGAGCCGUCGACGCCGGAGGGGGCCAGACAGGGGACCCCGGAAGAGGAUGACAACGCGUCCGAGAGCGCCGCGCAUGUACGGGAGGGCACCUCCUACCAGCGGGACCAUCGGGACCAUCGGGACCACCGGGACCACCGGGACCGGCUACCACACAUGGGCCACCUGAACUUCUCCCUCCGGGAGCUGAGAGACUCGUGCGGUUCGCCGCUGAUGCCGAGGAGGAAGCAAGCGAGGCCACGCAGGAGGUCCGGGGACCUGGUCCCGCAAGACCUGAGCAGGCCCCACCCGCCCACCACCCCCAGUCCGCCGCCCAGCGGGCUGAACCUCAGCAGCCAGUCGCAGCAGGCUAACCCGCAGGGGGCGCAGCAGGCCCAGCCCCAGGUACAGGAGGAGAUCGCCGAGAACCUGUCGAUGAAGAGGUCGUUGCCGACCGAGGGUGGGGCGGAGCCGGCGAUCAAGACCGAGAGCGAGGCCGCCAGCAGCCCCAGGGGGUCGCCGUUGACCGGCAGCAGUCUGCAUCCGGACGGGUCCCUCCAGGACUUCCCGGCGGCGGGUCUGCCCGGCAUGUCCGCCCUCUCGCUGACCCCUCCGCACCAUCACAGCGAGUACCUGACGAGCCUGGGCCAGUUGGCGGCCCAGUGGCUGCCCAGCCACCCGGCUGCCCAGAGCCAGCUGACCCAGGGCCACCAUCCCCGAGAGGGCAGCCCCCAUGGCCGGGCGCAUCCCUAUCAGCAGCAGGACCCCGCGGGACCGCUGACCCCCAGACGAUCCGUCACCGUCUUCCCCAUGGACGGCGUGUCACCUCUCAGCGGCGCCGGUGGCUUGUUUCCUCCUGGGAGUGGGCUAGACCGGGGGUCGCUUCUGGCGGAUCUGCACGACAGUUUCAAGCCGGAGGCCCUGCACGGCCUCUUCGGGGGAGCCAAUCUGGGUCAUCAUCCGGUCAAGAAGGCCAAGAAACACCGUGCCGACGGGGAUGGACCUCGCAGGUGGUCGGAACAUAGCAGGGGGCUCCCGGUCGGCAGGCCCAAGGGCCAACACAGUGCUCCUCGUGGCGGACCCCCCAGGUCCUGGACGAACGCCGAGCUCACCGAGGCUCUGCAACACGUGUGGAACAAGAAGAUGACCACCUCCCAGGCUAGCCGGAUAUUCGGGAUCCCGUACAAUAGUCUGCUGAUGUACGUGCGAGGGAAAUACGGGAAGAGCCUCAAGCUGGAGCAACUCAGGAGGGACUGCACGGGCGCCACCACCGGCGAGGUCAUGAACUCCCUGAACAACAACGUCAAGGCCGUCCAGCCACCUGCCCAGAUGAGUCAUCCGCUUGCCGGGCUGCCGCAUCCCGCCGAUGAUGGCAGCUUCUCGCACCAUCCCCUGCUCGGAGGGAACCUGCCCCAGGGCUUCUUCCCGGACUUUGGCGCCGCCUUCCCCGUCCCGGUCAGCAUGGUCCACCUGCUGCCCCCUAGCGAGCAGAAGGCUUUCGAGCCCCCGCCACCUGGGGGGGCCCCGACCGACCUCGCUCCCAAGAGCAGGACUCCCUCGCCGGCGAAUCACGAAUCCUUAACCCAGCCGACCUCGGCACCGGCGCUGCUCCAGCAGAACGGGUCCAACUAAGCCGACCGACGUCGCGCGGGGCCCC